CCACGGUAUCCAUUCACAGCCACCCCGAUGCACCUCACACAAAGAUUUGUGCAGGAGUGCAAAGAUUCCGUGAUCACAUUGGCACAGUGUGCGAGCAAUUUAAUGUCUUAUAUUUCCAGAGUUGUUUUAGCCGAUGGAUCAUUCAUUACGAUCCGAGAUAUCAUUAUUCAUCCCGACUACUCGGACGAUUCUCUCUACAGUAAUAUAGCCAUUUUAAAGCUUAUCUCGGAAGCAUCUGUAACUCCUAUCGAAAUAGCACCAUAUUACUCAAAACACGAUAAAAUUACAUUGUACGCUAGUGUGAUCAAUGGCGACCAAUCAAAAAAUAACAAGUUCUUCGCCGUCGAUGGACUUAACGUGCAGUUCAGUUACGAAUGUAACCCAUCGGACGAGCAUCGUUCUCGACUUUUGAAAGGAUUGCAUCCUGAACAUAUGUGUCUACAGAACAAUCAUACGCUUGUUCCGGGUAGCUGCGAGGCACACCCAGGUUCAGCUGUAUUUUGGUAUCGUAAUGAUAAAAAAUACUUGCUGGGUUUGUACAUGCAUGGGGAAAACUGUGCCGUUGGAGAUCAAGCGCUCGGACUUUUCUUGGCGGCCGUGCUUAUAACGACGGUGGACAUCGUCAACGAUUAA